CUGACGAGGAAGUCGUUGCGAGUAGCAAGCAAAUCUGGCCGGUGUUUUCUUAUCACUCUUUUCUUGGUCACUUGCUUUGAAACCCCCACAAUAAUAUGGCAAGUCUCAAUACAAGCGAUGCGACAAAAGGUGACAGUAGCUUCAUCGACCAAGCUCCCUUCGAAGCGGAAGCAGAUAUUACUCUCGUGACGCUGGAGGCAAACGUAUUGGACGAGGAAUGUGGCUGGGAUUCCUCAAGUCGCGGUCUUUCAGCCCCCAUUGACAUGGAACGUGUCUCCUCCAAAGAUACAGAAGCUACACAGGAGAGCUUCACGGUGAAGGUGGUCGACGAUGUCGUCGAGAUACCUCCAGUUACACCUGGGCGCACCACACGUAAUUCCUACAAGUUGGACGAGAGCCCACCCGGAUUUCGCAGUUCCAACAAGCGCGUUUCAGCCAUGACCAAGAAGGAUAGCAAACUCCGGUGUUUUGAUGUAUCCACUGUUGUCGGGGUGAUUGUUUUGUUAACCAUCACGCCGUUUGUCCUAUGGCUUGUACUAUGGAUUCGUAUCAGUGGUUGAGUGAAUCUAUUCUGGCUCUUUUUGUGGUUGUCCGCGAUAGCGCUUCAUUAUAUGGAAGGCCUCAUGCUCGCGUAAUUUUUCUUUUGAUAAACAUUGUAAUGUAAGUGUAAUACUUUACAUCCUU